AUGGAGCUAAGUACGGCUUGCCUCCAGUCAUCACCUAUAAAUGUUGCCGUCACCCAGGUCUCAGGAACAUCUCGAGCUUCAAUCCAGCCUUUUGACUCUGCUCAAUCUGGGAAAAUUUCGACCAAUCCCUACGAGCUUUCGAAAGUUAUCGAUUUAUGCGCAAUGUACAAACUACUCGCACCGACUCUCUUCACCUCUUUGGUGGCAGCACACGGCCAUGUCACAAACAUUGUGAUCAACGGUGUCUCUUUCGGGGGCUGGGACAUCGGUAGUUAUCCAUACACAGACUCUCCACCUACUGUGGUAGCUUGGGGUACGCCAAACACUUCAAAUGGGUUCAUUGAGCCUGAUGGUUACACUGAUUCGGACAUAAUCUGUCAUCGAAAUGCUACCAACGCGAAAGGUCAUGCCGUCGUAGCUGCAGGUGACCGAGUUUUUCUUCAAUGGACUGACUGGCCCAAUUCUCAUCAUGGACCUGUCAUUGAUUAUCUUGCCAGCUGCGGUGCAGCUGGCUGUGAGACUGUGGACAAGACCAAGCUUGAAUUCUUCAAGAUUGAUGGUGUUGGUCUGGUUGAUGGCUCCAAUGUACCUGGCAUCUGGGGAGAUGAUCAGCUUAUUAACCAAGGCUCGUCUUGGAUGGUCGAAAUCCCCAAAUCCAUUGCACCAGGCAAUUAUGUCUUGAGACACGAGCUGUACGUCAUCAUUUUGCAGCAUUUUGUCCUCGUGCUAACCUUUUUUGAAAGAAUUGCACUUCAUAGUGCUGGCACCGAGGGUGGAGCUCAGAACUACCCGCAGUGCUUUAACCUCCAGGUUACCGGUUCGGGCUCAGACGUACCAGCAGGUGUUUUGGGCACCGAGCUGUAUAGCCCUACAGACCCUGGAAUUUUGGUCAACAUCUACACCUCUCUAUCAACCUAUGUUGUCCCGGGUCCAACCCUCUACAGCGGUGCGGUUUCUAUUGCACAGACCACUUCCGCAAUCACAGCUACAGGUACUCCGAUUACCGGAUCGGGUGCUGCGACAAGUGCUGCUGCAAGUGGGGAAACGGUUACUGCGACAAGUGCAACAAGUGUUGAGCUUGCCACCACUACCGCUUCGCUUCCUCAAUCUACUACAACAGUCGCGCCUGUUACCACGGCUCAACCUACUACUUUGGUGACCGCCACCAGACGGCCUAUCUUAUCUGCACCGAGCCAGGCGACUACUUCCACCAUAACAGGGAGUGGUGGUGGAUCAACCCAGGCCGUCUACCAGCAAUGUGGAGGCGCCAGCUGGUCUGGGGCGACUGCCUGUGCAUCACCAGCGACAUGUUCUUCUAUGAACCCUUACUACUCCCAAUGUGUGCCUACAUCUGUCUAG